AUGGCAUCUUCAUUGCUGAAAUCGAAGAAAGGAAGCUCAAAGAAGGGAGCAAGCCUGAAACCGGUCCAUGAAGACCAAAUUGUGGACUUCCCAACAGAGGACGUCGAUACCUGUAUGCGACGUGCAAAAUCUAGUUUACUUGGCCGCUUGUUUAUGGAAUCUCGGUCGAGCCUCUCGGUCAUCCUGCAAAUUGUGCAGGGCGCUUGGACUUGUUCCAAGAAUGUGGCUAUCAUGGAGGCUGAAGGCAGGCUGCUCCAGGUCCUGUUUGAUGAGGAGGAGGACCUGCAGUGGGUUCUACAACGUACCCCUUGGCCCGUCAAGGAUCGUGUGCUUCAGCUCCAAAGGUGGGAACCAGUCACGGAUACGGUGGUGAAUUCACUGACUUUUGCGCCAUUCUGGGUGCAGAUGUGGGGAAUCCCCUCACAUUGCCGAACGCUGUCAUUUGGAAGGACUAUGGCAGAAGCAAAGAUCGGGGAAGUACUGGACGCAGGUCUGUUUGGAAUUCGUGGUGAGGCGGGGACUUUUGUCAAGACAAGUCUAAAACUGAAUGUCUUACCGCCGCUGCGAUCGAAGCUCUAUGCAAGGAACGAGGUGGCAGGGGAGUUCUGGGUCUUACCUAUGAAUACCUCCCGCUACUUUGCUAUCAUUGUGGGUGGCUUGGGCACCUUGAGAAGAACUGUGGUUUCUCGGACUCGGAAGGAGAUGAAGAUUACGGGCCUAGAAUGUCUACGGAUGUUCUUAGUUAUCGUCUAA